UGGGUGGUUGAUUUUGCUCACUGGCUCCCACAUUUGUGACUGGCAGUUUCAGCGUCCUCAGUCUGCUUCUGCGGACGGGCUUUUACCCGGCAGCCCUGACUCCCACGGUUUGCUCGGCUCCCAGGCGGUGCCCGCAGGCGUGGGGCGGGCGGUGCGGGAGCCCCUAACCUGCCCUCUGCCCGCAGACUGCCCCUUCGGCACCUUCGGGAUGGACUGCAGGGAGACCUGCCGCUGUCCGCUGGGCGUGUGCGACAGGGUGACCGGCCGGUGUCUGCAGCACCUCUUCCUCCAACAGGCGGCCGCCAGGUCCUCCGACAGAGGCGCUCCCCGAGCAGAGCCUGACGCCGGGUCUGGCGACGGCAAUGCCGUGAUGCAGGACCUCCGGAGCCAGCACGCCGCCCGCUCUCCCGGCACCAAGUGGUUAGAGCCCCGCUGAGCCCGCGGGCGCUCCGAGCGAAGACUGUCUGAAUGAGCAUCCGACCCCCAGCCAACACUUAGGAACCUCCGCUUGUAGCAUAGGCCGUGCACCUUCUGGAGACCAAGCAGGACUCAGGGCGGGCCCAGAAGUAAGAGCAGGCUACUGACACCCCGCAGCGCCGCCGCCGGAACCUUAGCCUUUGUCACACAUUCGAAUGCAUGCAGCCGUGUCACAUGCGCGUGUAGAGUAGUGCUGAAGGACGGAACGCCACCAGGCCACGCG